AGACUAAAUUUAUUCGACUUUACCCACAAACCACUGCGUUUCAUAGUUCAGAAAAUUCCGUUUCCGCUACAGCCUCUUUCUCGCAAGUCCCACCAUGGUUUUGAGCCAGUUCCACUUUGUAGAAAUUGGGCGGGUGGCCCUUUUCGCCUAUGGCCCUGAUAAAGGAAAACUCUGCGUCAUUGUAGACAUUAUUGACCAGAACAGGGCACUAGUUGAUGGGCCAGCCACAGGUGUUAAAAGGAAACAAAUCAACUACAAGGCUCUACAUCUCACACAAUUUAAGAUGAAUAUUGGCAGAUCCAUGCGCACAGGAAGCCUCCUUAAGGUCUGGAAUAAAGAAAACAUGCAGGCCCAGUGGGACAAGACAUCUUGGGCCAAGAAGAUCGCCAGCAAAUCUAUAAGGAAAACCUUGUCUGACUUCGACCGCUUCAAGUUGAUGAAGGCCAAACAAGCAAGAAACCGCUUGAUUACCAUCGAGUGUGGAAAACUGAAGAAGCAGGCCAGGAAGGCACCAGCGAAACCCUUGAGGGUCAGGAAGCGCAAGAGUUAAACUUGUGUUGUAUUAAGGACUUGUAAAUUAAAGAUGCUGGUGUAACAUCA